AUGGUGCCGUACUUCAAGCCGGAGAUGUUUCCCGUGUCUGCGCAGCCACACUUACGGGCAGAAGGGACAUGUCAGCGCAUGCCCGGUGUGAGUGAUGGAUUUGCACGUUCCCCACGCAGGUCACCCCCUGCGAGGCGCCCCGACAGCGCCCGUCCGGCCGCCCACCGCAGCCGCUGCCCGCCCGACCGAGCACGACAGGCGCCUCCCGACCUGACCGCCUCCCGACCAGCAGCGCGACUCACCUUCAUGCCCCAUGUCGGGUCGGAGACGUUGCUAACACUCGAAUGCUGGACCUCCUCCGUCCACGCCGUCGGUGACGCCUCCAAGCCGCCCAUUCACUGGCUGGACAUUCACAAUCCCUCAUCGUCGGACACUGAGAUUUUCCUCCUCGUCUCGACUUCAACGAAAGGUCCUUCGGGAGGUUUUUCUCGCGUCGCUCCUUCUCCACAAGGACACUACACUCACACCGACCACCGGACCCCUCCGCGGCACCACAGUGUAAAUUAUACAGACGCACCUCCGUUUCUAAGAGCUCAGCGCGAGAGGAGGCCGUGGCAGACGCCCACUAAUUCCCUCUCCGUCGCGACCAUCGCCGAGUCACACGCAACCAAGGCAGGCACAGCGCUGUCGAGGCUCCGCCAGUCGGUGGCCUUCUGGCAGAGCGAGCGAGCGGCAACCCUUCACUGGCAGGGGACACGACGCGACGGCUUCGUGCCUGCAACUGAGGGCAAAAGAGCUGUAUCAUUUAGGUCAAGACGCGCCGUUGCAGUCCAGACGCUACCUUCUCACAAACGAGGACCACCAAGAAAACCGUCCAGCUGGCGACACAGAGGAGCCCGGGUCAAUGUUGGACGAGCCGAGAUAUUUGCCGAGGGAGAAACCGAGCACACACACGGCGGUAAUAUACACCGGUCGCUCACACAGGCCGCGCUUGGCCCAUCACUCACCGCCCUACGUGGCCGGCCUCUCUUAUGAUGGCUGGGAUUCUUGUUUUGGCUUUGCUACUGCUGACUCGGAAAGGCCGUUGGGGAACGAGCGCUGCGAGUUUGCUGUGAUUUUGUUGAUUGGUUUGAUUAGUGAUUUAAUGCUAUUGGUUAUUUAUUUGUUUGUUGUAUUCUAAAUUGAGGCAAUUUAGAUCGAGUUUGGUUUGGUUUUCUAAUGCCUUGUCGAUUCGCUAAAGGUGAUAUAGAUUGAGAAUUGUGUGUAUAUAUAUUUUUUCUAAUGUGAUUCAUAUUAGAUUCAUAUUGAUCAUAUUUCCUUACGAUUACUGUAUAAAGCCAUUACAGAUUGAGAAUCUUAUGCUAUUCUUCUGUAUUUUCCCCUCUUUUAUUUUUUAUUCAUUUAUUCAUUCGAUUAUUUACUAUAUAAGAUUAAUUCAAAGGACAUGAAACGAAAUAUAUUCUAUUACUUCUAAACUCCACACCCAAACUUCUUCCUUAUAACAAAGUUACGAACACGCUCGACGAAAUUACGGAUUCUGACAUGUUAAACAAUCGAAAAACAAUUUUUUCCCUCAAAGUAGUGAGAGGUCUGACAGCAGAGUACAUCUUUUAUUUAAUGCAGUUCCGGUGCUUUCCCAUAGAAUAAGUGGCUUGUUGAUUAAUUGGUUGACAGGGAGAUGCUGGCGGAUAGGGUUAAGUUAGGGUGGUUGGGAAGGAUAAGUUAGGUGAAGUUAGCCUAAGGAAGUUAAGUUAGAUUAGAUAGGUUAGGUUAGGUCGGUUAACUAUGGUUAGGAUAGGUCAGAGGUAAGGUAGGAUGGGUUAAAGUAAGGCCAAGUUAGGUUGGGUAAUUCCUUUAGUCCAAGGUUCGGUCGAGUGGGUUGAAAGCACCAGAUACGGUAGAUGCCACUGAAAAUCUACCAGCAAUAUGAUGAUGCAUGGUGCUGGAACCUGAACUUUACUGAAUAUGAAGUGGGCGAAGAUGCUUUUGAAAAUGACUGAAAGAGAGGGGAGAAAAAUGCAGGUCCUGCAUAUACCGCCUUCCCCAGCAGCGUCACAUCCUCCAUGGCGGUAACGAAGUUAAUCAUGCACGAGAAACUGAAAGAAAAAUAGACGGCCACAGCUGUCUCUCAACGACUAUACUAUUGGUAUGCUGAACGGGAAGCCACACUACCGCGCUGUUACUACGGUAGAGGAAACACGCCAUUUGCAAACAGGAUUUAUUGAAAAAGGAGACGACCGUUUCGAAAUCAUUCAGGAUUUUACCUUCAGUUCUGAAAAUGAAUUCCUAGAGGAUUUAGGAACUUGUUUCAACCUUUUAGUAAAAUCUUGUUUAUCUAUAGUAGUUUUUUCUCUGCUGAUGUAUAUACUUUGUAAUUUUGCUUGAGUAUGCGAUGCUGAGGACAACAUAACAAUUUCUCAAUAGCAUAGUAUUAGUAAUUCUAUAAAUGGCUUUUCUGUAAUCUUAAUUUGCAUUAGGUUAAGGUAAGGUGAGUAAAUCUGAGUUAAGUUAUUUGGGUAAGUUAGGGUUAGUCAAGAUCAUUAAAUAGGUCAAAGUUAGAGUGCUGUUUGCUUUAAGUAAGAUGAGACUGAGUAGGUUAGAUAAGGCUAUGUUAGUAAAGGAUGGAUUAAUCAAAAUUAAAGUUACAAUGCGAUGCCCAUAGCCAAUAAUAAAUGAAAUAAAAAUGAAAUCCAACAUUGAAAAUCACCCUAUAGUUUGGAGUGUCAGAAUUAUUGGAGUUCGACACAGGCAUGGAAUUAAAACACGCGGGCCCGAAUAAUCUAUAUUUCAAAAUUGAUAUCAGAAUUCACGAAUAUCAAUCACUGAAUGCGACCGAUAAUGGAAAUGGAAAUGAACGAUAGCAAUAAAAUUAUCAUAAUGGGGAAUGAAAUAUACAAGGUGACUGGUUUGUUUGAUAGUAAUGGCGACAAUGAUAAGAGAACACUAAUGAGCUUUUUUGAUAGUAGUGAUUCACUAAUGGAGGUAGAUUUACGACGUCUUGUGAUAGAAUAGAUGGAAUGGAUGUAUUCACUAUUACUGGUGAUAACGUUUAAAGAAUAAAGAUACUAAUGAAUGGUGAUGAUAACAAUUAAAAAUGA